UGCUUUUGAUUUCGGUUUCAACUCGCAAUGCCCGAUGUUCAGGUGAAAGAUCAGUGCGAUACCCAGUCCAAAUUUCAGCUGGCGGUGAGCGAGUGAGUGUAUUUCAGAUUUGUCUCCCUCUCGCAGUAUCAACAGUCGCUGUCCCCAGCUCUUUACGAAGAUGAAGAACUGGAUUGUCGGUCUGCACCUUGCCGUGAGCUGUGUGGCAGCAGCUACAGGUACUCCCCUGAUCCUGGGAAUUAUCAGCGAGCGGGUGCUACUGCCAUGUAGGUUCAACAUGAGCAGGGGUCAGAACGCAUCUGAUUUGCACGUGCUGUGGCAGACAGCAGAGAACCAACUGGUUCACGCGCAGUUAGGCGAGAGUGAAUGGGAUACGACCCAGGACCUCAGGUACAGAAACCGCACGCAGGUUCUGGUGGCGAGGAUCUCUGAGGGGAACCUGUCCCUCGAACUCGAUGCUGUGAGGCCGGCAGACGAAGGAUUAUACAGCUGUAUCGUGCUGGUUCUCGGUGACAAGGGACGUUCCAAGGAACAAGAGACCAAAGUCCACCUGGUCGCAGCAGCUCACUUCAGUCGCCCAGUGAUAUUGGGACCACAACAGGAAGCUAUUCGACCAGGUGAGGAAGUGAACCUCACCUGCCAAUCCUCAGGCGGGUACCCGAAGCCACUUGUUAAUUGGACGGACGCCGGGGGCAACUUGCUGCCUGGACAAAGCCAGGUGGACACGACAAUGCAGCCUGACCCAGUCAGCGGCCUCUGGAAUGUGACGAGUGUCCUGCGAGUGAAUGUAACUGUGAACUCCACCUUCCUCUGUUCCAUCUUCAACAAGAGUACUCGAGAGAGCAGGACAGCUCGUUGGAAAUAUUCCUGGAAUCCUGAUCAGUCUGGCAAGGCCUCAGCACUAAUUCUAGUGGCCGUAUUGAUAGGAGUUGCUCUUGCCUUCACUGUGGGAAUAUUACUGUACAGAAAGAAGAGAUUGGCGUUUGUAUAUUCAGUAACGAGCAACCAUGAUAAUGACCUCAAUCUUGAAUCUUUAGAGUCCAGGCCCAGUGAAAUGCAGAAGAUCAACCAGCAUGAGGAUUGUGUGUGAUCUUGGCCUCUCUGGCCUUCGCUGGGUGACAAUGGAUGUGACUAUUAAUUCCCUUUGAGGGAGGGAUGGACAGCCUCCCCUGGUGGGGAUUGUGGGGAUCAGGCUGGAGAAGGACACGGGAAGGGGUUUGGCUGCAUCAGUCCCAUCACGAGCCCACACGCCAACCGCUGAGACUUCGCCUUGCCAUUGUCACGAUCCUGCGAUGCCCCAUUCGUCGAUCAGCCGAGGUCACCGGACGAUCACGCCGUUGGUCCCCCCGGUGGGAGCAGACUGUUGCCUGACGGAGGGCACAGGUGGGCUGCGAUUGAGCUGUUACAGAUGCCCCUGAGCGA